CGCACCGCCAUCCGCACACCGGCCUCCGGGACGCGUCGCUCUCUCCGCCCGGGAUGGAGAAAGACGCCUCUGAACCGGACCCAUCCCGCCAGCGGAACGGGGUCGUGGGCGUGCUGUACGGGGAGUUCACCGACACGCUCAACGACAGGGUCCGGUACUCGGUGAGCUUGACGGAGAGCGCCCUGACCAUCCAGAGGAUAUCCUCAUCACCCGGCCGGACUAAGGUGGUUUUUAACUUGACAGACUGUGUCGGCUGCCGGGCGCACAGAGGGCCGGACGGCGCGGACGUCGGCGCCUACUUUACAGCCUAUUUCUACCCGUUCAAGAGGCGCUGGAUGAGCGCCGGUGUGGCCCGGCAGAGAGUGGAGCAGUGCUUUCGGGUCGCGCUGGUCCAGGACCCGCUCGCCAACCUCCAGGAGGCUGAGAGGUGGGCUCGUGCCAUCAGAGAUGCCUCGGUGCUGCAGGCGCCCCGGAGAGACGGUGUGGUGUAUGCGGAGGUGCGUCGGCCCUGCAGAGUCAUGAUUCUGGUGAACCCUCACAGCGGGCGCGGCCAGGCUCUCCAGCUCUUCACCGGCCACGUACAGGGCAUGCUCACUGAGGCUGCUGUUCCCUACACACUCGUCAUCACAGAGCACCAGAACCACGCACGGGAGCUGGUGAAGAAGGCCGACCUGUCGCAGUGGGACGCCCUGGUUAUCAUGUCUGGAGACGGACUGCUGUAUGAGGUGAUAAAUGGUCUGAUGGAGCGGGAGGACUGGCAAGAGGCCAUUCAGACCCCUCUGGGUAUUCUACCAGGUGGCUCAGGCAACGCCCUGGCCGCCUCUGUCCACCACUACUCACAGUCGCCUCCAGCGUGGAACGAGGAGCUACUAUUGAGCUGUGGCUUCAUGCUGUGCAAAGGUCUGGUUGUCUCCAUGGACCUGGUGUCGAUCCACCUGUCCUCUCGCCAGCGCCUCUUCUCCUUCCUCUCUCUGGCCUGGGGCUUCGUGGCCGACGUCGACAUCGAAAGCGAGAAGUACCGCCAUGUUGGAGCAAUCCGCUUCCUGAUGGGCACCCUGGUGCGUUUGGCCUCCCUCAGAGUCUACCAGGGCCGGUUAGCGUAUCUGCCUGUAAAGGAGACACCGAAACAUCCAAAAGGGAGCAUCAAGGCCAACCACCCUCCCUCCACACCUCAGCGCCCUUCGCUCUGCUCCUCCCUUCCCUGUCGCCUCCUCCCCAAUUCCUCUCCAAACCAGAACUCUCACCACAAUCACAACAGCACAAACUCCAACCACAACACCAUCACCAACUCCUCCAACAACGCUAUCACCACCAAGAGACCUGAGACCCAGAGUGAUAUCAAGACCAGAGCACCGGAGGACUCUCUGCUUCCUGGUUUGGACCAACCAGUCCCAGAGAGCUGGACGGUGGUCAAGGAGGAGGACUUUGUCUUGGUGCUGGCUAUUUACCAGUCCCACCUGGCUGAGGACCUGUGGACAGUCCCUGGUGCAAAUGCAGACGACGGUGUGAUUCACCUGUUUUAUGUGACAGCAGGAAUCUCCCGUCCCGCCCUCCUGCGCCUUUUCCUCGCCAUGGAGAAGGGCGGCCACUUGGCAUGCGGAUGCCCCUACCUGGUGUAUGAGAAGGUGAAGGCCCUGCGGCUGGAGCCUGUCUCUCCCCAAGGCAUGAUCACUGUGGACGGGGAGAUGGUGGAGUACGGGCCUGUUCAGGCUCAAAUCCACCCGGGACUGGCCAGACUCAUUUGUGGAUGAACCUGGAUUAUCUUAAUCUUUUCUGGCUGUAGAGCUUUCUAGUUUGGCCUUUUAUACUCAGUGUCGAUUUCUUUCUGUAUGCUGUGUUUUCAGAAGUGCCAAAGACGUUUUAUCAGCCUCUGGAAAUUCCUCUAUUUUUCUACAGAAACAACUUGUCCUAUUUUUAUCGACCCCCCUCCCCGCGUCCCCUCUUUCUCUCAAUGUUUGAUUCAGGGUCAAAGCCAUGGAUGGUUGUUCUUGCUGCUGGCUGGUCCCAGCUUAGAGAAAUGGAUAGAGAUUGUGUGUGUGUAUGUGUGUGUGUGUUUGUGUGCAUAAGCUAGCGAGAUCUUUAUGUAUGUUUGUGUGCACUCGUGUGUGUAUGUGUGAGACUGUGCGCGAGGAGCUCUGGCACAUAGCGGUGCAGUGGCUGAGGAGUGCAUUGUGCACUCUGCUGUCGGACCUCAUAAGCAUGACACACGUGAAGAGAAGCACAUUUUCCCGUCCCGUCCUGGGAGGCUUGUGGAGAAACCACGCCCCUUGUCCCACUGUACUGCCCCCAGGCCGACAAUCUCCCUCCUGGGCAACUGCUCUGACAGCAUCGCCUCCCCCUCAGCCUGGUAAAGAGGAGCUUUCUUCCUGAGGAGAUAUAAAUCCCUCGGGGAUUUGAUGUUGAAAAAUCUUUAAUCUUUGCAUAGCUUAUAUAAACUCGAACAAUACUAGAUCCAGUCACACUAAGCAGUGAAUUCAGCCCCCCCUUUCUCUCUCUGUGUGUGAAAACUUCCUCCAGCUGAUGAUACACGAAGAGCUGGUGAAGUGGAGAGAAACCUGACCAGCUGGGGUUACACCUCCAUCCACUUCCUGUCCUGUCCGCUCUCUCACCCUGCUUCAUCUGCAACCAUCAUCAAACUGUAGAAACCGCCUCCACUCACACAUAAACACACUUUCUUUUACCCAUCCCCCCUCCUCCUAUGCACAGCUCCUCACAUACACACUUGUACACACACAUUCCCUUGCAUCUCUGCAGCACUUAGCGAGGGGGAGGGGCAUGGUCUGCUACUGUGCAUAUGAUCCCCUCUCCUCUUGCCAUCUUAAGAUUGUACUCUCCCUCCCUCCUUCGGUUAAUGAGCCAUCAGCACCUAAUGUGUCCUUAAUAUGAAGCUUUACAUCUGCGAAGGCGUGCAAAACUUUUUAAUCGUAAAGAAGCUUUUAAGUGAGUUUCAGCACUUAACGCUGAUUAGACAGGCUGAAGCUCACUAAAGUGGAGAGGUUUCACACCAGGUCAGUCAGCGUUACAUAUCGAGAGGCGUGCGAUCAAUGUGAGCUGGAGGGAGUCAAGUGCUCUGCUCCACCGUGUGGCCUUUUCCCUGGUUGUCAGUGCUGCGGUGAUGAGCGUUAGUGCACCAGAGCAGAGCAGAGUGCAUAUGUUAGCAUUAUCAUCAGUCCCCCCCCCACACACACACACACACCAGUUUAUUUCAGGUCAGGAUGACCGCACCAGAACUGUUACACCCACAGGUAUGCAGCAGCUGACUAUCAUCACUUAGGGAGUGAGCUGUCUUCUCUGACCUUAAAAACAAAUCAUAUUCUUCAAUUAUGAAACAAAAUCGGAAUGUGAGACAUUCCUGUGUGAACGCUGAUGCAUCUGCAAACAACGCAAUCACCUCUCAUGCUGAAAGUGAAAGGUAGAAUGUUGACAGGCUAAUGGGGUUCAAAGAAAUGCUGAUUAUAAGCUUUUUAAUGUUUUGAUGAAUACAUCACUGUCAUCCUGAGUGCAAUACAGUCAGUGCAGUGAGCUGAUAGCGCACAUUGUUUUACUGCUGAGGUUUCUGGAGCUUGUGAAAGGAGGACGGUGUUUGGCUUUCAUUGGACGAAGAGUAAAUAAAAUUUCUCACAUUAUGCAAACAUAAGGAAGCUCUCUUUAGGGACUGUAUGAAAAUUAUUUGGGUGUGAAGGGAGGCUGAGGAUUAUGUUUCACUCUCUGACCAGCACAAUAGUUAUUUUGAACGCUCCCUGACUUUCUUUGCAGCCACAAUUUAUGUAACACAUUAGGUCUGGAUGAUAUGGCCAAAAAGUAAAAUCUCGAUUUUUUUCAAGCUUUGGGCCAACUCAUGAUUUUAAUUUACAAAAUGCAACAAGACCAAAACAUGACUGAAAUAUCAUGUUUUUAGGACUCCAUGUACAAGAUACAGUCAUUGAGCGUUAAUAAUUUAAAAAACCCUGCACUACCUGCAUUGUGCACAUUGAAAAACAUACAGGUUAUCCCACAUACUGUAGCUAUGGACUAAGCAAGCGUCCACUUUAAUUAUCCUGCAGAGAUAAAGCAGAAAAGUCUGCAGAGUCUCUUGACAAGACUUUAGCUUGAUAUCUGAAGACAGAUGCAAGCUAGCGUCGGCAGCCCAGCAGGUAAAGACAGACUAAAUAAAGCAGAAUCCGCACACUUAUUGUUCAGCUCCUUCAAAGGUGCUGUAUACAACAUUCAGCAUUAAUAUAGCAGCAAACAUCUAUUUGUUAUGUAAUGAUAAAGUGAAGUAAUGGUGCCCUGAGCAGAGAAUGAAGUCACACCACCUUUAUUUGUGUUGUAAUCCAAGCUUCUCUGCUGUGGAAGAAGGUCCAGCUGCACCUGCAUGUGAGUGCAUGUGUGUCCCUGUUCGUGUAUCCCACCAGCUAGCUAAUCACCACCGCUCUGUGCCGCGCUCAUUCAGCAGUUACUGACACACGACACACGGUGAUGCAGGCGUUGCGCCAGACCAUCAUGAUGAAUAGGGAGCUGAGCUGGAAGGCAAAGCUUUCGAUUUACUGGUCCAUCUACAUCCCAACCCUCACCUAUGGUCAUGAGCUCUGGGUAGUGACCGAAAGAAUGAGAUUGCGGAUCCAAGCGGCCAAAAUGAGUUUCCUCCGUGGGGUGUCUGGGCUCAGCCUUAGAGAUAGGGUAAGGAACUUGGACAUCCGGAGGGAGCUCGCUGCUUCUUCGUGUCGAAAGGGGCCUGUUGAGUUGGUUCGGGCAUGUCGCACUGGUAGGAGGCCCCGGGGCAGACCCUAAAACACAUUGGAGGGAUAACAUAUCUCAUCUGGCCUGGGAACACCUUGGGAGCUGGCGUUGGCGUUGGCUGGCGCUGGUGCUGGUGCUAGGUGCUAGCCGCUGGCUCAGCGACCUCCAUGCUGAGAGCCAAGUGCAGACAAUCCUGGCUCAGACUCUGCGUCAUACACAUAUGUUCUGAAUGUUGCAUACAGCUCAUUUAAAAAUAUUUUUUUGUGCACUUUUCAAAAACUACUGAACUGAUUUUAUGCAAUUUAUACAUUUCUCAUUGAUUAGUAAUCUGUAAACUAUAAUAUUUCAAAAGUAACCUUCCCAUCCCUGUUAGCUACAAGUCAGUUGUGUUGAGGAAAAUAAAGCCCAGACACAAAUAUAAGACUCUUUGCCUUCACAUACGGCAAAAUGCACCACCAUGACUUGUGGCAUGCACAGCAGCCAUUUUAUUGAUGCAACUAUUUGACCCCCUCCAACAAUUUUUGUACACUCCCUCAGUGAACCAUGACAUACUUGAAGUUGACCUCCUCCAUUCUCCAUCUUCACUGCAGUGCCGAUUUUUUGCCUAUAACUUGGUUUUACUGUCUGAAACAUUUUCAUAUACUGUGUGUGAUAGUCAUAGCUACAGCAUACUGUACCUUCUACCAUUACUGUAUCCUCAUCAGUUAUCCAGGUGCUUUGAAUGCAUUAUCAUGUUCUGCAGGCUGCACUCAUGAACUCGCAGUUGCCCACAUGCAAUGUUCAUUAUUAAAUGUAUAAAGUACAUCCUCAUAAGAGUAGAGAUAAGCUAUGCAAAUACCUUGUCAUGGCUGCAGAUAUCUGGAGUGAGGGGGCCCUCUGCUGGACCGCUCAUAUACACUCAUUGAACAGUCCUGAAAUAUUAUGUCAUACUGUGCAAAUCUCUUCAGACUGACACCUCUUUCCUGCUUCUUAUAUUUACCAUCAUGAAUGAAUCAACAUUAAGCUUCGAUGCAGGAGACGUAACGUCAAACAAACCUCCAUUAAUGGAAGCAAACAUCCAUGUUAUUGUAAUUUACCAUCAGAGAAAUGUACUUGAUGCUUAGAAACACGGCUGCAAAUAAAAAUGUGUUGACAUGUUGGUGCAGGACUGUGUUACACUACUGUUAAAUUAUGGUACUAUACUGUUAAAUUGUUUAUUCCACUGGCUGCUUUAAUGUAACAGCAGUUUCUUUUUUUAAACACAGAUGUUAAUACUUGUCUUUGUCCAUGCUGUUGUGGCAUUUUAGAAAUAAUUUAAGGACGUUGUGUCACAGAGAAUGAACCAAAAUGAGACCCAAUGAUGUUUUUAUGAUCCUCAAAGAAUCUGAAUAUGUUAUACUUGUUAUAGUCAGAAUCUCUUGAGUUGCCGUUGUAUCCACACACAUGAUUUACAGCUAGGCAAUGACUGUGUAUUCAUUGCUUUGUUAUUUGAUGUGGUGAUUUUGAGCUGGAUUUUAGUGCAGUAGAUCAGGGGAUCCAUGUGGUAUGGCUGAAUGUAUUAUUCUGUCCAUGUUAGUUAAAAACAAAAAGUUAAUCGUGUGCCACGUGUUCGCAGCUUUUCACUUUGAAGUAAGUGCAAAUAGGGGAAAAAGUUUCUCCAGAGAGUGCCUUAGCCAUUACCCCAGACAGCAGAUAGGUGGUGCACAGAAAUAAAAUACAACAGACGGGAACAAAUCUUUCUUUGAGUACUCUAUCACAUUAAAUACUUAUUACUUGGUAUGCAUCAGUGUUACAAUACAAACACACACUGAUUCUCUAUUACAGGCAGUAUUCUGUGUGACCUGUGAAGCUUUCUUGAGGAGGGGUUGACUGGGUUCUGAGUUGUAACAUCCAUAUAAGGUUGUUAUUGCAUCUAUUGAACUGGCUGUUGACAACCAGGUAUUCAUCAUCUUUUAUUUUCUCGUAAUUAUUUGUUUAUAGACCUCUUUUUUAAAAGACCAAUAAACAU